CAAUUUAAAUGACUCUGCCUCUGCCCCUGUGGAAGGACAGGUCCUCCAGAGAACACCAGCCACAGCAGCUGUCCAUUCUCCCAGAAAAAAUCUUCAUCAUGGCCUAUAAAGCAGCACAUUUGGCCUUUAAGUCGCGCUGGCACAAGACGGAUGAAGAGCUCUGUCGGCACAGCAUGUCCUUUGUCUUGCACAAGGCCAUCCAGAACGACUUCUUCAAGUGCUACCUUUACCUGCUGGAAAAGCUUCCCCUGGUGAAACUUUAUGCUCUGACAAGCCAAGUCAUCAACGGGGAGAUGCAGUUCUACGCCAGGGCCAAACACUUCUACCGGGAGGUGCCGGCCACGGAGGAGGGAAUGAUGGGAGACUACAUCGAGCUCUCCAACACCGACGUCGAAUCCUCACGGGAAUUCCUCAGGAAGUUUGUUGGGGGGGUGGGGAAAGCUGGCACCAGCCGUGCCCUGGACUGUGGCUCUGGGAUCGGUCGGAUCAGCAAGCACGUCCUGCUGCCGGUUUUCAAGAGUGUGGAGCUGGUGGAUAUGAUGGAGAAUUUCCUGGCUGAGGUCCCAAACUACCUGCAGGGCAAGGAGGACAGAGUAGAGAUGUAUUACUGCAAAAGCCUCCAGGAAUUCACACCGGCCCCUCGAAGAUACGAUGUCAUCUGGAUUCAGUGGGUUUCAGGAUAUCUGACAGACAAAGAUCUCCUGGAGUUCCUCAUCCGCUGCCAGGGUGGCUUGAAGGAUAACGGUGUCAUCAUUCUGAAGGACAAUGUGGCCAGGGAGGGCUGCACCCUGGACUGCCUGGACAGCAGCGUGAUCCGAGACCUGAACAUCCUGCACAGCCUCAUCGAGAUGAGCGGCCUCACCAUCCUGCGGGAGGAGAGGCAGCAGGGCUUCCCUGAGCAGUGUGUCCCUGUCUGGAUGCUGGCCAUGCAGAAGGGCCCUGGCCACUCCUGACUGCCCUGUGGGACUGCAGGGACUGGGCCAUGGAUGAACCAGGGGGCUGGGAAGGAGAAAAGCACCUCCUGGAAUCCUCCUACCCAUGCACUGCUCCAGGGCAGCAGCUUCUAAAGGGUCAGGAAAGAACCACAAAGCUUCUCCCAGGAACAGUCUGCUCCUAAAUCCUACCUGCUCCAUCAGUCUUUCCAUUUUUAAAAGCUUUCCUAACCUCCUUGUCAGGUCUCUCUUCCGUUAAGGAGUCAACACUGUACAAAACUCAUCUAAUAGAAAACAAUUAGGUCUGAAGUUUCUGUAGUAGUUAAUAAUUUUGGGGUGUUCUGUAUGAGGUGUUAACAAGCCUGGUUUUCACUAUGGCACUCAAGUCUUCUUGGAAUUUAAGAAGGAUCUGUCAGAUCACUGAAGCAGGAAAUUCAAGUAACUUCUGGAAAACUUCACCCAAAUUUUGGUUGCCCUCUCUACCUGUACUUUAGAAUAUUUAAACCAAGAAUAUCAGGAAAGUUUUAUCUUUUUGUUAGCAUCAGCUAUGCAGUUUUGGGGUUUUUUGGGGGGAUUUUUUGGUGGUUUUUGGGUUUUUUUUUUUUUUUUUUUUUUUUUUUUUUUUUUUUUUUUUUUUUUUUUUUUUUUUUUUUUUUUUUUUUGUUGUUUUGUUUUGUUUUGUUUUGUUUUUGUUUUUUGUUUUUUGUUUUUUGUUUUAUUUUUUUCAUUUCUGUCAAUUUGGACAAUAAAACAACCUGGUUAAUUUUCCAUUUUUAGGAGCCACUUCCUCUUCCUGAUGUUCCUGCUGUAGAACAAUAGUGGCGCAUAAGGGAUUUCACACUCCAGAGGAAAACUUGGCUGACAAAUAUCUGCAUGUUUGCAUUGAAAUUUUGUGAAAAGCUGGCCCCACAUAUUACAUUCUGGAAUUUUUGAUUUUUUUUUUCAGAAUGUUCACAGUGGAAACCACUUGAAAGCCUCUCUUUAUUAUUCAUACCACUGUGCAUUUCUUUCUUUCCCACAUUCAGAACAAGCAUGGCACCAUAUGCAGAGCUAAUGGGAUUUCACGGAAUGUUAAUAGUAAGGCUGUAAGAAGAACUAAUACAGUAUUGUAUUAAUUAACAACUGUGCUAAACUGCAGAGAGUGUUAGUGUAGCCCAAAAGCUAUGAUUUAUAUUCAAAGAGCAGCUGUGUAAGCCUGGAUUUGAAAAUACUGACAUGUAGCCCAUCUCCUUAAGGCUCACAGAAAUUGUACAUUAAGCUUCUUGUCCUCUUCCUAGAGGCACAGAAAGUGCUGUGGGAGACAGAGGUUCAUUUUGAAAACAAAUUCAGAAUGUGGAAUUUUUCUUCUUUCUAAAGAUGCGAGGGAGGAAUUUUGAAAUUUGUUAUGAGAGAAGGCUACAAAACCACAGCUUUCCAAGCUGACUAAAAUUUUUAUCCAGACAAAAUGAAAUGCUUCUUUCAAAUUGAAUUUUUAACGUAAUUUGCAGUUAAAAUGUUACUAAGCCUUGUUCAAACUUUUAGAAAUUAAUGAUAACAUUAGAAACGUUCUGACUCUGUCAGAAUUUUUAUCACAUCUUGCUGCCCUGAAAUGCAAUCCUGGCAAAGCGUUUCAGACUUUGUAAAGAGUUGCACCAUGACAAAUCUCUCUGUGCUAGGGGAAAGGAGCUCUAUAAAACAUCCCUCACAUGACAGCAGGCACAAUUGGCUGUGUCAAAUAUUGUCAGCUGUGUUGGAUUAACUAAAAAAGAAGCCUGAAGAUAACAAGAUAAGGGAGCCUCUCAGCUGGAUUUUAGUACACAUUGCUGUCCUUUGAUAACAAAUCUCCAAUUUUGAUUUUAAUUGCAUAACUCAUCUUCUCUGGCAAUAUGUUUGCACAUGUUGGGAAUUACCAGUUUAUAGCAGAAGGCUUUCUGCCAUCAACUCUUAUCCAGUAACUCUCCUGUUAACGUCCCUUGGCUAAUUGUAGCAUUAAGGAAAACCACACUGGUGAUUUGGUGAAUAUUCUGGUGUUUCCUAUAGCCUGGAAACCUAUGGUUCCCACAACACAGAUGCUUCUGGAAUGUUUUGACUAAUUCUUCCAUUCUGAUCAGCUGGUAUUGGAUGGAAACUGAGUAAGUGACAUUUUUAUCAAGAAAGAGGCAUCAGUCCUAUAGCAAAAAAAAAAAAAAAAAAAGGGAAUAUUUAUGUAUUUUCCUUUACAUGAAUUACAAAUUAAUUUGCUCUUCACCAUUUUUUUUCUUCCAGCCAGAGACAUCUGCCAUGGUGCAGAACACUUGGGGACUGCUGGAGAUGCUUGUCCAGUGGUGUCUGUGCCAGGCAGGUCUGAGAGGUGUUCUCACUGCAGUGGUGAGAGAAUGGCAUUGUGGAAACACGGGAAUAAAGAAUUUUAUACAAACCUAAACAGCUGCUAAAUCUUACAGGGCACAAUAUAUCAGCUGAGUUGGUGCAGUUCAGUCAGGAGAGACGUGGUUCCAAGGCGGAUUUAGAAUACAAAAUGGUUCAGGAUGAAAAAUGGAAUAUAAAUGGCUGGUGUGGUUACCAUGAAAUACAUUUUUCAAUGUAAAAAUGUUCUUCCUGUGUUUUGUGUAUCUUUUCUAUCAGAAUUUCCAGAAUGCAUAUACAUAAAUAUAUGAUGAAAAUUGGUUUCCUUAACUAUGUGAGAAGAGAGAAAAGUAAAAUCUUAAUUUAGUAGAAAAAACCCUAUUUCAUGGUUUCCACAUUCCUGGAAAUUAAUGUUUCAUGGUUAUGUUGCUUCCACAGUAAAAUAGUAAAGCUUUUCUGGUGACAUAAUGAAUCUCAAGAGUAAAGAAACAAAGUCCUUCAGGAGCUUAAAUGCAUGAGAAGGCUGCAGACUGAAAAAUAUUUUGGUUUCCUCCCUUUCUGAGGCAUGUUUUAAUUCCAGAACUCCCAGUCAUCUGGUACAGGCCACCCUUAAAUGUCCCUUAAUUUGGGUAAGGGCCAUUCUUGGCUUAGAAAUUCAGGGCUGUCUGCAAUUUACCCAUAGAAUAUAAUAAUAAUAAUUUUAAUAAAUAAUCCCAAAUUUCAAACAGAUUUUGCUUAGACAUCAUCUGUGUAUCAGUUCUGUUUUGGUGUUCAAGGACUGGAUAUUCAAUUCAAUGGCUUUGCCUCAACUUCCAUGUUAUUUAAACCAAUUAUUUAAAGAAGUCUUUAGCUCCUUGGGGGUUUGAAUCCCAUUUGUUUUGUGCUCACCUGAAACUUGUUCCUGAUCUUGGUGUUACCAGAGAUUUAAUCCAAGAUCAGGACCCUGUCUGAGACAAGGCUCACAGAACACUGAGGGUCCUUCAAGCUCAAGUCCUCAUUAGCACUGACAAGUGAUUAGAGAAACUCCCAGCUUGUCCUUCCAGCAGAUCUUUCUCGCAGGCUACCACACCGAGUAAGGGCUUAGCCCCAGCACAGUAAAUCCCGUUUCUGCCAAGACACCUCCCAAGUUCUGGUGCCACUUGGUGUCCCCAUAUCAGGUCCAGCUUCUAUUCUGCGUGACUGAAGGCCAAACGUUACCUUUGUUGUAUGAAUGUGAGCCUCAAGCCCUGGCUGUAGCCUCCAAACACCACUGCAACCCCACAAAAUGUAGAAAAACAAUUGUCGCAGCAUUCUGAGCAGCAAUCCCAGCCAUGCAGCUCCAGCAGCCAUCGCAGCUCAAGCUGUUCAUGCUCCAAAGGCAAUUCAGACAUUGCAAAUGUCCUUUCCUUCCUAACUGGAAGAGAGAGCCAUCAUUUUGGAACAUGCAGCUGAAUGGAUUGCUGAAAUGCUUUGUUUCACAAGUACUGAAAUGAUAUCAGGCAUUUGUAUCUUGACUUUCUUGUUUGGAUGUUUAUAUAAGCUAGUUUGAGCUGACAUGUUAUGUGAGGUGACAGUGUUAUACACUAUAUGCUAUUGAAACAGUUGAAGUGAAACAUCAGUUUCCUGCAGAACACAUUAAUAAAAUCAGCACGUUCCCUGUCCCUAAACUUAGUGAAACAAGUCAGCAAUUUCCAGAGGAAACUGGUUUCAAGAGGUACAGGCCUGUCAAGAGGCAUUUCCCUAAGCUCUCUUUCUGCAGACUCUCCCAUCCACUCAGGCAGCUCUAGGAAGCAGCCCCUGGAGGCUCUUUGACAGGCAAGAAGAGGCAGCUGACACCUCCAGAGCACUCUGAGCAGCUCAGAGCAGGACUGGGCUGCAAUCAGAGCCUCCCCUCUCUGUGCAGUGAUGGUGCAUCCUUGUUUCAACCAGCUCAGCACCUUCAUUGUGAUGUCAAGCAGGAGUGCAGUGUGUUCUGAGGAGCUGCCAGAAACAAGGCAGGGGCUUGGAUAACCAAACACCUCUGGAAAUCAGUCAUGGAACCAGAACACUGCAUUCAAGGGACACCUCAGCACUGCCUGAUGCCAGCUGGAAAAAGCUUUGCCAGUUAGUCCACCAAGAGCCCUGAGGACCUUUGUGCCAUUUCCUUGGUUUUUUUCCAGGCUCCCCAGGGUGUCCCUUUGUGCCAUUCCCUUGGUUUUUUCCAGGCUCCCCAGGGUGUCCCUUUGUGCCAUUCCCUUGGUUUUUUCCAGGCUCAUUCCAUGGCAUAUCAGAGAGUGGGCCUGUCCAGAGGAACUUCACUCUCAAGUGUGAUUAAAACCAGUUGUGCUGCAUCCCAUCCUUCUCUUCCUUUGAUGCUUCUUCCAACUUGCCAAAGAAAAUCCUGCCUCCACUUGCCAAGAAAGAUUUGUUUUCUGUGGACAUCACCACAUCUCACUGAAAUAAAACAGAUAAUCUUUGAUUUUGAGAGGAGGUAAUUCUGUUUGUCUGAUAGCGGUAACAACACUCUGCAUUUCCAACAUGCAGGUUAAUUCUUGUCUUUUCCAAAUGAUGGCAAGGAGGCACCCCCAGACUACUGUACCAAACAAAGCUCAUGCUCUCAUCACAGAAAUAACAAAAUUUGCAUGACACCAUAUGCCCCUAGGCCAUGAAGAAUGGGGUUUAUUGUGUUUGGGAUAAGGAAACUGAGGCACAGAAGGGUGAUCUGGCAGCAUUACAGCUUUACCUAAGCAGUAGCUGUGAGUGAGCAGCACCUCUACAAACCAGGCCACCAGAGGAACUCCAGAAUGUUUGUAGGCAGACAUAAACUGAUUCUGGCUGUGCUUGGAAUGGAUUGAGACAGCCCAGUUGUGGUUAGCCUGCUUAACCCAACCUGGAAUGUUCUCCAAAGACAGGGUUCAGGCUGAACAUUAUGCUCAGGAAUAUCAGGAAUAUCAACAGCUUCUGUUCCUUUCAAAGUCUUGAAACAGCAACCCAGUGUAUGCCUGCGGCAAAAAUAAAAACA